AUGACAGAUGCCCCCGUUGAUGCGCCACAGUUCGGCUGGUAUCGCCCCCGCUACCUGCCGCAGCGUGAGCCCCCGGUGGGCACCUUCCCGCCGCUCUCCAAAGUCGUCGUGAGCGAUGCGCUUGAUGGCAACGUGAGCGACGAGGAUGCGCUGAAGCGGCGGGCGGCAUUGGGCCUCGCGUGGGAGCGUCUCCGGCCCAUCGAAGACGUCUGGCACGGGGCGCCGAUGAGCGGCACGGUGCCGCCGGCGAAGGACUACGAGCGACUGCUACUCGACGCACCGUUGGGCGAUGCGCGUUAG